AUGCGCUUCGUAGCUCUCGCUCUCUUUUUCGGUGCCGUUUUGGCUGAUCAGUCUUCGGUUGUUAUACUAAAGCAUAGCGACGGCAAUAUCGAAGAGUCCGAUUACCCGUCGAGAUGCUACCCAGACCCCUGCAAAGGUAUAACCUACCAAAACAAAACUGCCAUCUGCGGUGACCCACGUUUGGGACCAACCGAGCUCCCGAAGUACUUUCCUCUCUCAACGGAAACCCAAACCUACUACCGUUUCGGCAACCUCUGCCCCUACGAGUUCCUCCAAAAGUAUUCCGUGAACGUCUCGGACCCGAAUGCCUACCUUAUCUACCCCGGUGCUAACGGCUUCGCCAACACCACCGCCAACACACCCAUCUCCGGUACGGCCAAACUGGUUGUCGGCCAGAAGGUGGAUCGAUUCGGAGAUGAGAAUGGAACUUAUCUGGCUCCGCUUGGUGCGCCUUAUAUCGAGCGUGGUCUGCCGCCGAAGAAUCUGUUUGCGCCGGUGAAUAGCAGUUAUCCGUAUAACUACCAUGUGUAUCAGGUGAUGAAGGAGAUCACUGUUACUUUGGGCCCUGUUGCUGGUUGGUUUGAACAGCCAGGUCUUGGGACGCAGUUUGUUUUGACUGGGAAGGAUACUGUUGCUAGUUUGGUUACGGAUCAGAAGUUGAAGAUCUUGCAGAAAAUGGAGUAUGAUGAAGCGAAGGACUUUGCUGCUGAUUAUCUGCCUACUCCUCCGCAAAAGGCUUAG